AUGGCCAUCAAGCGAGCAAUUUACUACAAUGACCGUAUCAAAGGUCUCAUAAUGGGUCACGUUGGUUACGGAUGCCAACAGGUGAUGUUUGACACGGAGAACAAAAUCGCUUUUGCCUAUGUGACAAACGGACUGAAAGCAGGCAUAGCUCAUAUCUGCCGCAACUACUUGAGACUGGAAAACACACUCUACGAGACCCUGCAGGACAGCUGUUCGGAAACAUCCACGAAGGAAAACACUGCUUACUAA